AUGUCUCGUUCCUCCAAGCCAAAGGACGCCUUUCGGGUGGCUAAAGCCACAAAAAGGCUUAGGGGAUUUGCGUCUGAUCUCGAAGCCGCAAUUCAAAGAUGUCUUCCCUCGAGGACGGGCUACUACGACCAGGUCUCAGUAAUCGCAAUGCAUUGGGAAAACGAUGACUUGGGGGUUCUGCCCUUGGAAAAGGCCUUACUCGACAUCUUCAAGAACCAAUAUGGCUAUGAUGUUGAAUCCUUCGAAAUACCAGAAGACAGACCCCAAAAGAAUCUCACCGAGAAGUUGGUGUCGUGGACAAGCAAGCAUGAAGGAGAACAGGCUCUACGCAUUGUUAUAUAUUCAGGGCACGCAUCCGCAGCCGGCCCAACGGAUCUUCACUGGUAUUUCGCAGGACAAGUCGACAACUCCGGGAAUCUAACUGGUCCGAGUCUAGAUUGGAACGGAAUGAAAGCGAUUUGCGAGUAUGGAACAGGCGAUCUAUGCUACAUAUUCGAUUGUUGCUCCGCGGGCUCUGGACCUGGUGCACUUUACGAUGGCGCAGAGAUGCUCUGUGCUUCUGUUUUCGAACAGACUGCGGGCGCGGAUCCGAAAUUUUCCUUUACGCAGGCCCUCAUCGACACCCUCGAUGAUCUAAAGGGAGCCCCGUGCACCAUCGCAAAUCUCUUCGCGAUACUCUACAGGAACUCCUCGCAACACGAAGUUGCCGCAAGCCCGCUGCACAUUGCGAAGAGAAACUCACCAAGUAUUGUUCUUGAGAAACUCGUCACGGAGACCGUCCCCAACCCCAUGACCAAAACCGCACUCGGGGACACCAAGGAAUCAAAACCGAAAUCUCAAAAGAAACACAAAGUACUUUUGGCCGUCCAUAUUGCAGACGACAAUCCAAGCCUUGCUGCGUGGAAACAGUGGCUAUUGUCCAGGAAUAUCCCCCCCGGCGUCCUCAGCGCCGAAAUCACGGUUGAAGCCGUUUAUGAAACUGAACCAUGCAGCAGCCUACUCCUGGUCACGAUCCCGCUAGAGAUCUGGACCGUACUCGACCCUACAGACGAAGCUUUCAGCUUUAUCUCAUUUGUCAAUUCGAGCGGUCGAACGGGCGGCCAAUUGCUUCAGGAGGUCCAGCCCUAA